UAUCAUCUUUCUUAUCUAUGUGAAGACACUUUACAAUUGUCGUUGUCAACAUGGUAUUAUAGAUAUUAAUUUGCUUCAAGAAAAAUACUUUCUUUAAGUGUGCCAAUGACACAAAGAUCCAAGUGUGUACAUUUAAUAUUGUUGAAUAAAAAUAGACAGAAACAUUCAACUUUACAAGGAUAUUGAAUAUCACCCUUCACAUUAUUGGCCCUGUGUUAUUGAUGUGAGGCAAUUUGACCGUGAUGCUUCCAAAAGAAUGCAGCUGUAAUUUCAUAACCCGAAUUUAAAACGCCUUUUAUAGUUAAUAUCUUAGUUGUGCUUGUUGGUGGUUGUUAUGAUCUCUUAAUGGGGCAGAAUCUGCCUGUGAGACAAAACUCCGGGCAAAACCCAAACGCCCAUCAUGUGACUUUGUCGUAAACAGGAAGCAGCUGAUCUUGACUUCACUACUACCUGCUUCCAUUAAAUCAUGUGGGCAACUGUACUCUUAAAGACAAAUUAAAACUGGUAUUAGGAAAUUGCUUGGAUUUGAGUAACCGCUCUUCCCCGUUUGGUCGAAGGAGAGCAGAAGUAGAGCUGCUGAAGGCUCCGCAUUAAGUCAUCCGACUUGCAGCUCAGAGAAAUACACUACUUCGUCUCUGCCGAGGGGGAUGUCAAGCACGGCGAUGAAGAAAAAGGUGUUACUGAUGGGGAAAAGUGGGUCUGGGAAGACCAGUAUGAGAUCAAUCAUAUUUGCUAAUUACAUAGCUCGAGACACACGCCGCCUUGGAGCUACAAUUGAUGUGGAGCACUCCCAUGUUCGCUUUCUCGGCAAUCUGGUUCUAAACCUGUGGGACUGUGGAGGACAGGACACGUUCAUGGAGAACUACUUUACCAGCCAGAGGGACAACAUUUUUAGAAAUGUUGAGGUACUUAUUUAUAUAUUCGAUGUUGAGAGCCGCGAGCUGGAGAAAGACAUGCACUACUACCAGUCGUGUCUGGAGGCCAUCCUGCAGAACUCCCCCGACGCCAAAGUCUUCUGCCUCGUUCACAAAAUGGAUCUGGUGCAAGAAGACCAGAGAGACUUGAUCUUUAAGGAGCGUGAAGAAGAUCUGAAGAGAUUGUCUCGACCUCUGGCUUGCACCUGCUUCAGGACGUCCAUCUGGGACGAGACCUUGUAUAAGGCCUGGUCCAGCAUAGUGUACCAGCUCAUCCCAAACGUCCAGCAGCUGGAGACAAACCUGAGAAAUUUUGCGCAGAUCAUAGAAGCAGAUGAAGUUCUCCUGUUUGAGAGAGCCACCUUCCUGGUGAUCUCCCACUAUCAGUGCAAAGAGCAGCGCGAUGCACACCGGUUUGAGAAGAUCAGUAACAUUAUCAAACAGUUCAAACUGAGCUGUAGUAAACUCGCAGCCUCAUUCCAAAGCAUGGAAGUGAGGAACUCCAACUUCGCGGCCUUCAUCGACGUCUUCACCUCGAACACAUAUGUGAUGGUCAUCAUGUCGGACCCCUCCAUUCCAUCUGCAGCCACUCUCAUCAAUAUCCGUAAUGCUAGGAAACACUUUGAGAAGUUGGAGCGAGUGGACGGACCCAAGCACAGCUUGCACAUGCGAAUGCGCUAGCACCGCUGUCCCCAUGGAAACCAUCAGCCAAUCAGUCCACAGACCGGCAUGUUGCGGUCUUUCAGCUACGACACAUACGAGCAGCCUUGCACUGUCUCCUCUAUAUCUUCUUUUUCAAUCACAGCAGUUACUGGAGAAAUCUGUUUUUCUUUGGUCUAAUUUCUACAGUCAUAAGUAUCUUCGACACAUACUGUUGGUAUAAUGGCCCCAUAGCUUGAACCAGUAAAGUACAAUGCAUAGAUGUGUUGGCUCUGAGGGGACCUACUUCUGCUGUCACACAUUGUCUGAUACAGUAGAGUUAUUCACUCCGGGCCCAGUGAAUCCCAGUGAUCGGGGGAAGUAAUCGCCAAAUGAUAAGCAGCAGAUAUUGUUUUGAUUUUCAAAUGCAGUUUGUAAGCUGUUAAACUAUAAAAAAAACAAUAUUGUUCUAUUCAGAAAAACAUCUGACGUGUCUUUUUUUCUACUUUUACAUUUUAACAAUGCUCACCACCACAUUUUCAAAAAAAUCUUGGUGCAUAUUCUUAAUUAACAUAUCGUAUUCAUCAGAUCAUGGGGCGAUGGUGGCCAAUUGCUCCCCAGGCAAAAUGUAACGCAUGGGUUAUAGAGCAAUGUAAGUUGCUUCGGAUAAAAGCGUCAGUUAAAUGACAUGUAGUGUAAUAUUUGGAGAUCAUGUUUUCACUUUUUCUUGUAAAAGAGUUCUGGCUCAGAUAUUGUUCCUGUCUUUUUUUGAGUCACUUUAGUGUCUCAGGCCUUUUGACACUGCACCAGUUGUCCUUUGCACAUGGUGUGUGUGCGUGUCAGGAGACAGAAGGAGCAAAGGGUUCAUUGCACCUGUUAAACUAUCUUCAUGGAGUUGACAGCAGUGAAUGUGCUGAUGGAACACAAUGUUACAACAAUCUGAUUAUUUCAGUAAAUCUAUCAACGUGACCAAC